AUGUCAUCAAAAGAAAAAUCUUUCAAAGUACUAAUUGUUGGUGGAGGCAUAGCAGGUCUUGUUCUAGCCCACAUGCUAGAAAAGUUCAAUAUCGACUAUCUUCUACUGGAAUCGCAUGGCGAGAUCGACCCAACAAUAGGCGCCAGCAUCGGAAUACUUCCAAACGGGGCUCGAAUUCUCGACCAACUUGAUCUAUACGAACCAAUCGCAAAGUUGGACUAUAAAGACAAGCGUGGAACUCACAUCCACAAACAAACCGGUGAUUGUCUACUUAAUGUAGCGCGCUUCCACGAUCAUAUUGAGUAUCGACACGGAUAUCAGCUUAUAUUCAUCGAUCGUCAAUGGUUCCUUCGUGUGCUCUACGACCGGUUGCGAAACAAGAACUGUGUGCUGCUGAACAAAAAAGUCGAUCGUGUUGAGCUAGUCGAAAGAGGUGCUCAAGUCUUCACAACAGAUGGACAAAGCUUCCGUGGAUCUCUACUUAUUGGGGCUGAUGGGGUACACAGUACCGUGAGGCGGGAAAUGUUCCGGAUUGCUGACGAGCAGGCACCUGAGUACUUUUCAACAAACGAGCAAGGACCGAUGUCAUGCCAUUAUAUCUGCAGCUUUGGUAUCGCUCAAGAUGUGCCUGGUUGGGAACGUGGCAGCACAUAUACCACCGUCGGAACAGGGCAUUCUCAACUAGUCGUCUCUGGACCUGAAAAUCGGAUCUACUGGUUCUUCUUUUCGAGGUUGCCGGAGACGAAGUACGGCAAGGACAUACUACGAUGCAACCGAGAAAUGGAGGCAGAAUUCGUCGAUAAGUACGAGCAUGCCCCGAUCACAAAGACGCUUACAUUCGGUCAGAUAUACGCUAAACGUCUGAUUACUACGCUCACGCCUCUUCAUGAAUAUGUGCAUGAGAAAUGGUUUCUCAAGAGGAUACUCAUGCUGGGAGAUUCAGCUUAUAAGCUAAAUCCCAUAAGUGGUCAGGGAGGCAAUUUGGCUAUUGAAUCAGCAGCAGAACUCAUUAAUGUUCUUCUAGAUAAGAAAAACAGCCGGAGCAGCGGCUUGAAUGAUCUAGAUGAUGAGGAUAUUGCCGAUAUCUUCACGAAAACGCAAGCCUGCCGGCAUGAGCGUACAAAGCAGCUAGUUUCCGGCGCGCAUCUAUUCCAGUCAUUGGCAGCAUUUGAAACGCCUCUUCUUUCGAAAGUGACUUGGGAAUACAUGAUAGCCGCUAAAGCGCCUUAUUCUUACGUAGACCUGUUUGGUGAGCCAAUUACAGGUGGUUCAAGAUUGAAGUACCUUCCCAUCAAGAGACGACCACGAGUCCUACCGUAUGACGACGAAUUACCUGCACAGCCAUUGAAGCAAGUGCGUCUGGUACAAAUUACUUUUGCUUUGUGGAUGGCCUAUACUGCCUUCAUGGCCUAUAGAUUGUCGCCUAAUUCUAGGACGGAUGACGCAACCAUUCAAAGUACCAGGUACUCAUCGAUAGACAGGCAAGCCGGGAACCAGGCACUGUGCAACUUCUACUACUUGUCGAACCUCAUAUCGCCGAUAACUAUAUACAUAGUUGAAGGAUAUCGACUAGGAAAUCGGGGCACCAUUCUCGCUUUGCCCAGUCUGUACCUAUUGGCAGCUCAAACCCUAGGAUUCGCACUUACAUCACCAGUCUACGCAAUUUUGAGUGCUUUCUUAUCUACUACCCUGCCCACUAGGAGAUUUAUCAAACUAGAGGUCGCCUGCGCCUUCAUACCAGCGCUCAUUGUCGGGUAUGUAUUACCUACGAUGCUCAUCCUUUCGGAUUUAUUCGGUGUAGUAAAGUUGGCUACAUGGGUACCUCGUGUCUGCCAGUUUGCAUCAAUUCUUGUCUGUGGUCUGACGUUCUGCUUUGCACACAUUGGUCGGAUAUGGUUUUCAAAACGUGAAGUGCAUAAAGAUCGAGAACAGUCCGAGCUUGAAUGCUACAAGGCUCAAGAUGUCCCGAUUUUGAAAUCGGCGUAUCUUUUUGCAUUCAUUUUGCAAGCUGUGGCUCAUAUUACACUGCUUUUAUACGCACAUGAUGAGCCGAGUGCCCUAUCCCAGAGUUUGUUUCGGUCUUAUUGGGACAGCAACCAUAAACAAAUGCAUCAAACAGAACUCUUUCCGGCUGAACUGGCAAUUGCAUUCACCACCUGGUUUAUAAGCAAUAUCUACUCGAUCUGGGACUUGCGUUGCUUUGGCUACAUCAAAACCCAGGCUGGUCUUAUUUGUGCAUUGAGUGUUGUAGCCGGGCAGAUUCUUGUCGGACCUGGUGCUUCGUGGGCUGGACUGUGGUACUGGCGAGAGGGAGUCAUUGCGGGUCUACAAAUGAAUUGA